ACGGAUCAGAGUCGCCUAGCAAGUCAAAUACGCUCUCGCGCGGAAAUGGAAGCCGAAGACGUCCCAGCAGCGCAACCCAACGAUGACGAUACUUCCUCCUCCGAUGACGACUUUGGCCCAGCGCUACCUUCCUCCGCGCCGAAAAAGAAGAAGCGAAAGCUCCCAUACGAGAAGCUCUAUGUAGCAGCCCUACCAACGUCGCAACGGUACUUCAAGUCGCUCAUGCACCGCGAGCAGCUCAGCUUCACCACACUUGACCCCGCACACCGACUUCCUUGAUUACGAGCUCCGUCGACGGCGUCGUCAAGUUCUGGAAGAAGGACUUUGGCGGCGUCGAGUUUGUGAAGGAGUUCAGGGCGCAUACGGGCGAGAUACGCAGUGUGAGCGCGAGCGCGGAUGGGCGCAGCUUUGCGACUGCGGGCGCGGAUAAUACGGUUAAGAUCUUCGAUGUGGUCACGUUUGACCUGCUGGCUAUGCUGAGUCUGGAUUAUAGCCCCAAGGCGGUGUGCUGGGUGCAUGGUCGGGGUGCGAGUUUCCCGCUUUUGGCGGUUAGUGAGGAAGAGAAGGGCUGGAUUCGCAUGUAUGAUGGGCGAGGCGAGAAUCUGGAGCCUUUGCAGACGCUCAAGGCUAUUCAUCGCGCGCCGGUGACGCUGAUGGCGUAUAACAAUGCGUACGAUUGUGUGGUCAGCGUGGACCAGGGAGGCAUGGUGGAGUA